AUGAUAGCAGUGCAAACACUUUUUGAAAUUAUCGAACAAUUAAAUAUACCCUUAGAACACAAGUCCAACAAUAGAUAUUGUGACCUAUUCAAAAAUUUUGAACCAUUAGAAAAUGGAGAGCCUUAUCCUAAAUUAUAUCUUGCGCCAUUAAAAACUUUACUGAUUGAUUCUGGUAUUCAAACAGCUAUGGAUAAAGGAAACAUUUUCGCCUUACAAGACAAUAUAUCAUAUUUCUUUGAUCAGUUAGAUCGACUUUGGAUGUCAGAUUAUUUACCAACAGACCAAGAUAUAAUUUUAUGUAGAGCAGAAACUAUCGGAAUAGUUGAAGAAACAUUUCAUAUUGGGUCUUUAACGUAUAGAAUGUUUGAUGUAGGCGGUCAAAAAAGUGAAAGAAAGAAAUGGAUUCAUUGCUUUGAAAAUGUAACUGCUAUAUUAUUUAUUGUUGCUAUCAGUGGAUAUGAUCAAUGCUUAGUAGAGGAUAGAAAUUCUAUUCAGGAAGGAUUAAUGCUCUUUGAUACAAUCUGCAACUCUUCCUGGCUUGUAAAUACAUCCAUGAUAUUAUUUUUAAACAAGAUUGAUAUAUUUAAACAAAAAAUAUUAAUUUCUCCUAUAUCAAAAUGGUUUCCGGAUUUUAAAGGCGAUAACAGUAACUUUGAACAAACGAGUAAUUAUUUUAAAAAUAGAUUUCAACGACUUAAUCAGAAUCCGAGCAAAAAUGUCUAUACAUAUUUUACUAAUGUGACUGAUACAAAAUUAUUACAGCAUGUCAUGUUUGCAGUAUCUGAUAUUAUUCUAAAUGAAAAUUUAAACACUUUAAUGUUAUAG